AUGUUGGUCCCAGAUCCUGAAAAAGAAGCUAUUAAAUUGAUAGGUGAUUUGGGAUUGGAGCUCAAUCAAUCUUAUCAGAAAGGAAGAUACUUUAAUCCAAGUGUUCCUGAUAAGCAGGAAACAAACGCGUAUACUGCAUUGAGUGCCGAAGACGUGAUAAAAACACUUCGUUUGCGAGAAGAAGCUAUAGAAGCGGGACGAAAAGCCUGUCUAGUACAGCAUAAUGAGUAUCGAAAACGACACUCGUACAUGUUUACUAACAACUUGUGGAGGCCGUAUAAGCCCGAUCCAAAAGCACAAAGCUGGGCCGAACACCUUGCAUCUGGUGCUUCAUUUGAAAUCGAACCAAAUCAAUACCGAACUGGACAAAACAUCUACAGGGCUAAUCUAAGCGGAAACAACCAAAACAAAGAAAUAACAAAAGAAGUUUACGAAGAGAUUGGCAGAGAUGCUGUCAGAAAAUGGUAUAGCCAGAUUAACAACUACAAUUUCCAGACGCAUAAGCAAAAAGAUCCCAAUGGAGAACCUGUCGACUCGUUUGUCCAAGUUGUGAGGAAGAAUACGAGUCACCUCGGAAUUGGGAUCGCAUUGUCAAGCGAUAAAAGACAAGUUUUCGUUGUUUGCCGAUAUUGGAGCGUGAAUGAUGACAAUAGAGAGGAAAACGUUGAACCAGCAAGCGACCAACUUGAAAUUGAUCGAGAGGAUUUGAUGGCGGGUUGCCGAGCCUGUGAAGCGGCGCAUAAUGAGUUUCGCGCACUGCAUAGAAAUACCAACAGUGUGUGGAUGCCUUGGACUCCGGAUACACCAGCGCAGUUCUGGGCCGAACAUCUUGCAAAUGGCGGUGAAUUCCAAAUCCAACCCAAUCAAGAUAACACUGGUCAGAACAUCUACAAGGCCUCCAUAGCUGGUCGACGAUCUUUCACAAGAGAAGAUUUCGAAGAGUUUGGUAGAAAUGCCGUGAAGGAAUGGUACAGCAAGAUAAACGAAUACAAUUACAAUAAUUCGAAUGACUGGCAUGAAAAAGAAGUCUACUCUUUUACCCAAGUUGUCUGGAAAAGUGUGGAAUAUCUCGGAGUUGGAAUAGCGAUUUCGAGAGAUCUCAAGCACGUAUACGUUGUUUGCCGAUACUGGAAUAUGCCGGAUGGACAGUGGCCACUAACUUCCGUUCACUAUUGUGGGCAAAAUGUUGAGCGACAAAUAUCCCAAUUUGUUCCUGACGAAGCAGAUUUCAACGCAGCACGAGUUGCUUGCUUGAACGCGCACAAUGAACUUCGUCAACAGCAUACCAACACUGGAAGCUUGUCGAGGCCGUAUGAGUCAUACAUACAGUAUGGCCGUGUAGAUCCAAAGGCACAAAGCUGGGCCGAACGUCUCGCAGGUGGUGCUGUUUUCGAAAUUCAAGCAAAUCAAGAAAGAACUGGACAGAACAUCUACAAGGCUCCAAUAACGCUAAUCAAUAGAAAAUAUUUUGAAGAAAGUGUCAGAGAUGCUGUCAAGGAGUGGUAUAGCCAGAUUGACAACUACAACUUCGAUACGCACGGCAAAAAGGAUCCAUAUGGAGAAAGUGUCGAUUCCUUUGUGCAAGUUGUCAGAAAAGCAACCAGUGCCCUUGGAGUAGGCAUCGCGUUGUCCCAGGAUAAAAAAUUUCUUUACGUUGUUUGUCGAUACUGGAACGUCGACGAUGAUGUCAGACCUGGAAACGUCAAUCGACUCAAGAACAUUUUUGAACUCGAUUCACAAGUCUUGGAGGCAGGUUACCGAGCCUGUCUAGCAGCGCACAAUGAAAAACGCGCCAAGCAUAGAAAUACGCCGAACUUUUCUAUGCCGUACGUUCCUGAUACCUACGCGCAACAAUGGGCCGAGCAUCUCGCAUCAAACGAUGAGUUACGAAUCCAACCAAAUCAGUCGAAUACUGGACAAAACGUCUACAAGGGCACCGGAGCGCCUCGUGAAUCCUUCACAAGAGAAGAUUUGGAAGCGGCUGGAAGAAGUGCUGUCGAAGCAUGGUACAGCGGCUUUUACAACUACGAUUUCGACACUCAUGAUUCAAAAGACGGAACCGGAGACGUCACCAAUUUCACCCAAAUCGUGUGGAAAGGCGCCACAAAAGUCGGUGUAGGAAUAGCCGCUUCCAGAGAUGGCAGAUCUGUUUACGUUGUCUGCCGUUACUGGGAUAUGCCGCAUGGACAAGCGCCCAAAACCAGCGGCCACAAAAUGUCGAUCGACUCAAGUUAUAUUAUUGAAGAAAAAAUGACUUCAUGA